CAUCGUCUUCGUUUGUGUUCCUCAGGUGUGACAGGACUGGUCCACCUGGACGAGAACGGGGACAGAGAGACGGACUUUGCUCUGUGGGACAUCAUCGACACCAACACCAGCACCUUCCAGAUCGUUCUGGUUUACAACAGCUCAGAGGAGCAGCUGACGGCCAUACCUGGAACAACGCUGCACUGGCCGGGUGGAGUUCCUCCUGAUGUUCCCGUCUGCGGCUUCAAGAACGACAACCCCAUCUGCCUCGCAAAAACCAUCACCAUCCACCAGAUGGUUUCCAUCGUGGUCUUCUUCAUCUUCAUCAUGACCCUCACCAUCGCCGUCUUCAUCUACAGGAGGAUGAAGCUGGAGAAGGAGCUGGUGGCUCAGCUGUGGAGGAUUUCCUGGGACAACAUCCAGAUGAGCAACCUGAACAAAGUGCUGCGCAGCGGCAGCAGGAUCACACUGUCACUGAGAGGCUCUAACUACGGCUCCCUAAUGACCGGAGAUGGAAACCUGCAGGUUUUUGCAAAGACUGGAUACUACAAGGGGAACAUCAUCGCCAUCAAAUACACCAACAGGAAACGAAUCGAGCUGAACAGGAAGGUUCUGUUUGAACUGAAACAUAUGCGUGACGUUCAGAACGAACAUCUGACCAGGUUCAUCGGAGCGUGCAUCGACCCUCCCAACAUCUGUAUCAUCACAGAGUACUGUCCCAGAGGAAGUCUGCAGGUACAACUACCUGUCUGUCUGUUUACCUGUCUGACUGACUGA